AUGAACACAAGGGAGUUUGAUGAUGGUUCACGGGUGAUGUGGAGGUGGGAAAAUUCUGAGGACUACAAUGACAUAAGGAUGGAGGAAGAGCAGCAGUUGGAAAGUUCAAAGUUACCUAAGAAGAAAACAAAGUUAGCAGAACACAAGAGACGGAAAUAUGUCAAACCCGUGGCACCUUACCAGACUGGCAGGAAAGCAAAAAUUUCUCAUUCACGUGAUGUAGAUGAGACACGAUUCAAAUGUGAAUGCUUCUACUGCCAGAGCUAUAUGGGGAGCACUUCUGGGAUCUCAACAGGGAGAAAGGAAACCUUGCGUUCUUCCUCCUGGGAUAAGCUAAUACAAGAACUCAAUAACUUGACACUCAACACCGGUACCAUCCAAUCUCCACUUCUACAAGAAAGGUUUCAGGAAACAGUAAAGGGGGAGGGGGAGAGGGAGAAGAACCACAAAAGGAUGUUUCAGAAACUCUUAAGAGAAUCGUCAUCCUCAG